AUGGAGAUGAAGAUACAGACUUUGAAGACCAAGAAGACCACCGUGGACGACGCCUGUCAUGCAUUAGGUGGCGCUAGCAGAGUGCUGGGCAACGCCAGCGGCGGAGGCACGAGCAAGUUUAGCAGAGCCAAAGGCCUAGGUGUAGCUAGUUUGGCGAUGGGUGGCAAUUCGUGUGGGAUUAACAAGAAUGGGAAGAAUAGUAGGGGCCAUCUAGGCGAUGUCCUGGGCCUGGUUAGCAACGCCAAUGCAAGAGAAAGAGUAGUCGAUGCCAACUGUGAGUUGGGUCAACUGCACGCUGGGCGGAUCUAA